GCUUGCAGUAGCCACUAGCCAAGCGCUCACCAUCACGAAGUCACGCUUCUAGCUGUAGCGCGCGUCAGCCGAACCAUCUAGCGGGGUGCGGCUCUGCUCUGGUACUACUUGCCUCCAAGCCUCGCCCAUGCGCAGCGCCAUCGCACGCGAUUCCUAGCUCUUCUCGUUUCUUUUCUUCUCAGCGCAGGAGGUCACCCUCGGUUGCUUGCUUGUUUCUCUGCGGAUACCACAAAGACGGCGGCUAUCAUCGUCGAGUGAUCUGCGGAUAUUCGUGCAGGGCGUUUCUGUUACCUGGCAUGUCAAAUUUUAUUAGAAAGGAUACGAUGUUUAGGAGUGCAGCAAUUUUGCGAUGGUCUUGCCAAGCAGCCAGUGUUCGGAGUCCCAGAGAGGCAUCUCCUGAGCAGUGUUUAUAUUCUGGAGUUCCUUGGAGAUGGUUCAGCUGUGCUGAGCUUGAGCACUCUGAAAAGCUGGGCACUUAUCCCGUAAGAAUAGAAAAAAGCAGCACGAUGCAUUUUACAGUUCAUUCAAAGAAUUGUUGGUUGGUUACGGCAAAGCAUCACUACAACCAAUCACUGGGGUUCUCAGGUGUAUCAAGUCUUCGUCGCAUGUCUUCCUCGUAUACUAGAACUAAACCAGAUGGUCUUGAAAAUGCUGUCUCAGAGGUUUCUUCUACAGGAUCUUCUAAAGUUGACAACACAGAUGGUGGUGGAAACACCUGGAUUGAUAUGUCAGAAGAUGCUCAUCGUUCUGCUGUUGAUGCUAGCACUGCUGCAGGCAACAACAUAAAGCGUCCGAAUGAUGCAAUUACACUUCAUUUCCAAGAGUUAUUUGGUAAUCACACAGAUCUAGAAAAGGUAAUUGUUCCACUUGGUGGGACACUGAUCGGUACAGCAAUGGCAUGGUUUGUAAUGCCUAUUGUUCUAAGAAAGCUGCACAAGUAUGCAUCAGAUGGUCCCCUUAGGACACUCUGGGGAGACUCUACUAAGAAACAUGUGUCUUAUGAAACAAGCUUGUGGAGUGCACUGGAAGAUCCUGCAAAAUAUAUGAUCACAUUUAUGGCAUUUUCGCAGAUGGCUGCAGUUAUUGAACCAGGCAUUUCAGAUUAUCUUCCACAGGCAUGGAAGGGGGCAUUUGCUGUCUCUUUAGUGUGGUUCCUUCACAGGUGGAAGACUAACUUCAUUGGCCAUGCUAUGGCCAAACAAGCUGCUACAAGAACUGACCGUGAAAGAUUGUCAGCAUUUGAUAAGGUGUCAUCACUAGGACUGAUAGCACUUGGAGUUAUAGCUCUUGCUGAAGCUUGUGGUGUACCUGUGCAGUCAAUAUUAACUGUUGGUGGUGUUGGAGGUGUUGCUACUGCUUUUGCGGCAAGAGAUAUCCUUGGUAACAUGCUGAGUGGAUUCUCUAUACAAUUUUCAAGGCCAUUCUCAGUUGGAGACUAUAUCAAGGCUGGUUCAAUAGAAGGGCAAGUUGUUGAAAUUGGAUUGACCUCUACUUCGUUGAUAAAUACAGAAAAGCUCCCUGUUGUAGUCCCUAACUCACUUUUCUCCAGCCAAAUGAUAGUGAACAAAUCAAGGGCCCAGUGGCAUGCUAGUGUGGCCAAACUUCCCAUAAGAAUUGAAGACAUCGAAAAGGUUCCUGCUAUAACAGAGGAGAUAAAAGUAAUGUUGACGUCCAACUCAAAAAUUGACGCUGCAUACUGCUAUCUCUCACGGUUAGAAAUUUCAAGUGGAGAGCUUACCAUUGGUUGCAAUAUCAAAAGCACGAAAACAGAGGAGUGGUCAUCUACAGAACAAGACAUUCUCCUGAAAGCUGCCAGUAUCAUCAAGCGACAUAAACUUUGGACUCCCGUGUAAACGUGUAAUUCUAGUCCUUUAAACUUGUCUAUUGUCGCAUUAACAGCAUGUGUAGAUAGAUGUGUUCAUAUACGGACAAAAGAACAAGAGCUGGCAUGAUCAAUGCUCAUAUGGGCAGGGAUGUGUAGAUGUUCAUUCUUUUUUCUCUUCUAUAUUUACUGUUACAGGAAUAAAGGACAAAGUGAAAGUGAUGAAUUACCUAUACAACUUGUCUGUGUGAUAAUUAC